AUGGUCGUACUGUCUCAGGACUGGUAUGGUUUGGCCAAUGCCUUGGCUAUUUUAACCUCCAUUCUGGUCCGCGUUUAUAUUCUCCAGGCCAACCGCCACGCUAUUGAUGCCGCUGUCCGUGAGGAAGAAAGCCGGCCUAUGCAAAAGCAGACGAAAGAAAACCGAGAUGAGCAUGACAAGACAUUGGUGAUCCUGCCCAAUUCCAAAGUUGUGACUGUUUUCCUGCCAAGAAAGACAAUCAAGUCCGUCUUUAUCCAGAAUCCAUCACCAUCUCCAAGUUGGCUUUAUACUGUCAUCCGGUGGAUCGGCUGGGCCGCUUUUGGUGUCCAUGUCGUUUCUCUGGGUAUGACUCGGUUGGCGAGCCAAAUUUACAGCAUCAUACUUCUUGUCCUUCCUACUGCGCUCGUAUGCAGCCACGUUGGCUGCGAUGAUUUUCGGAGCGCCUGGUUGCUCUCACGCAAUACAGAUCAACAGGUUUCACGGCCAUAUACCUGUUGGAUAGGAUCGUACCUCGAGGCGACCGUAUGUGAAUGGCCGAUAGACGUGGAGUUUAAAAAAGAUAAACAUGGAAGCUGGCAGCGUCGACAACCAGAUGAGAAGGCACCCUCAACGAGCCGACGACAAGAUAUUUACGCGUGGCUGAAUUUAAGCACUGAAGAGGAAGAUAGUCUAGCUCGAUGGGAUUUCUUGCCGCAUCCAAGGGGCCAUAGGAGAUGGUCAGAAGACUUCAACUCCAAAAAGAAACUGAUACAAGAAGACCCUCCCAAUGUGGCAGACAUUGUCAGGAAACAACGCCAAGUAAAUAUUGAAAUUACCAGUGCAGAAAGCAGCUUGUCCCAUGAUAAAGAGCGAGGACAGGCCGUUUGA